GGCGCUGUGGAUCCGCAUAUAAUUGUGUGUGUCCGAAUCCAGGGGGGACGAAGAUGCAGAUCCGGAUUUUGACCGCGUUGCUGCUUGUCAGUGCCUCCCUGGUGGUCUUAUUUUUAGCCCCCUCGUUCGCUACAAAGCCCAAAAUUCCGAGCGCUGGACUCCGCGCUCCUGGUGUACCGACUUCAUGAGGUUGACGGCCUCUCUGUCAGGAUUCUCGAGAGACUCCGUUGCAAACUUGUAUAUGCAAACUAGAAGGUAUCUCUUUUUCGGUAUCAGGGAUUUCGAGGGAGAGUUUAGUGUUUGGGGACGAAGACCUGUCGGUGCAAGUUUGCUCUUUCAGACAAAGCACAGUGUGUGUGUGACUUAGUUUGGUGGUAGAAAGUGUGGAGCUGGCACGGAUUCACUGAAGAAGACUUUGUGAACCAGCUUUCUGAACUUAGAUCAUCAACGCUGGUUCAUCAACGCAGCUGAGUGUGCAGAGUGUCAGAGGCUUGUGAUAUCGCUGGAAGAAUAGCUUUUUUCGCCCUAACCUCCACAUUUUGGGCGAUUGGAUCGUUGAAAUCUUUUGGGCGGCUGGAAAUUCGGCGACGACACGAGCUGUGAACGACGUAGUCCUACUUGCGGGAACGAUUCCAAUAUUUUGAAUCUUGGGAGCCACUUGGGGUCACUCUUCAAUGUGUCAACUGGGAUUAUGUACAAGGAAUUUCUUAUAGGGUUGAGAGCUUCUCCCCUUAUGGAUACUUGGAGGUUUUUCACUGUCGUUGUAUACGUCACGAUGCUCUCUUUCAUUCUGAAGAGAAGACUUUGGUUAGGUCUCGGCCAUGCUCCUGGUUCAUGAGCACACAGAGUUGAUGAUACCCUGCCCUCAUCCUCCUCGACUUCUACGUAACGCUCUUCAGUCUUCUGAUGACAUCCUGUUGCCAAAUUCCCUGAGUGCAUUUCGUCCAUUAUCCAUGUCCCUGUAGUUUAAAUUGGGCGGGCUCUCUCGUGACUCAGAAGUGUGUGAUCGUUUGUUGUUAGUUCUGGAGAUUCUCUCACACACCAGAGGCCGCAUUCUUCCGAAUUUCUGUUGUAUUCCGAUUGCCUUAAUAUCUCUCUGUACAUCUCUAAGCGUGGUGGCCGUGGUCAGUGCAACGAACAUGAGCUGCACCAUGUGUUCAGAACUGUUCACUCCAGGAGCGGUACCGGAGAUACUGCGCAACCACGAAAACCGAAUGUGCCUUCCCACUCUGUCAUUUUCUCAGUAUCUGGAUUAUUUGCAGGCCAGAGGGCAAGCCAAUUGCACUACUGUGUGGACCAAAGGCACUGUGGCGUACCGCUGCCGCACUUGCCAAGUCAAUGACUCAAGUGCCAUCUGUGUGAGUUGUUUCUUAAAGGGUGACCAUAAAGACCACGACUACGUAAUGUAUCAUAGUGAGUCAGGCGGGUGCUGCGACUGUGGGGAUCCAGAGGCUUGGCUACCUGAAGGAUUUUGCAGCGCACACAAGAGCGUGGAUCGUUAUGAACCCAAUGUGCCUCCUGAUCUUGUGGAAGUUACACAAAAGUCAUUGAGCAAUGUUUUGUUCUAUCUUGCGGUCAUCGUUCUCUGCAUUUCAGAGGAAAGGGGUGGAUCUCCAAUUCCUUUUCAGAGGAAGAUUGAGGUGGCUAGUGUAUUUCUCGAUUGGCUCAAGAAGUUGUGCGGCGUGGAUGCUCUCCGGAAGAUUGUGUGUCUAGAAGUUGUUCAAAUGACUGUAAAGGAUAGGGAGACCCUCGAGUUAACAUCUCCUUUACAAAUUCUGUUGAAGACACUCGCUAACAUGCCAGAAGAGAUCUUGGAGGGGGAAACAACUUUGUUUUUGCAGUUGCUGUACAACCAAGAUUUUAAGCAGUACUACUCCAUGGAAAUCAUGAAACACUAUCAAACAAUGAUUGAAAGCGUUAUCGAUAAAAUUGUUGACAAUGGAGAUCCUCUCAUUAGACACUUUAAAGCUCUUGACUCAAGUCUGGAUAGAGUUAUGGUGCAACUGUUUAAUGCUCCCAACUUGGAGUUAAUUAAGAGCAAGAACUUGCUAAAAUUAUUUGUAAUGGUUUUAGAUAAUAUCUUGAAGCGCUGCGUGAAAAGUGGUUGCAAUGUAGUGAACGUUAGAGAUCCAAGAAUCGAGAAUAAGUUAUACUUGAGACCACAAGGGGACUUGCGUUUAGUUAUUGCUCAUCAAUCCGUAGCCCAGUAUCUGCUUGAAGAGCGGCUAGAUGUCUUUACUUCUAUGCUGGAUGUCCUCAUUUUACUUCAGUGGAUGAACCCAUAUUAUCCAACACGCUAUAUCGAAUUUGAAGAGCACAAUGAGUGGACAUUGGCUAUCCAACUUGAGAUGAAUACUAUGGCAAUCAUAUUUCAGUUAGUCUCUAGGUGCCAUUUAAUUAUUAGACCCGAGCUGGAGGAUCCAACUGAGACAUCCAAGAAAACAUUGCUAUCAGCAGCCAAGUGCACGUUGGACCGGUUGUAUAAUUAUUUAAAACAGGAAUCAACACUGAGGUUUCUAAAUGGGAAAUGCCCCAACACUUCGGUAUCACUCCAUAUUCCUCUGCACAGGACGUUGAGUGCUAUUAUGGCAAAGCUCGUGCUGCUACCUUGGCCUGAUGUGAAGGAUGGCUUUCUUUCCUGCCUCGAACUAAACUAUUCUGAACAAGAGAUCCUUGCGUUGAUGGAGCACCCUUUACGCAUAACUGUCUGGAUGGCACAGAUUCGAGCAAAUCGUUGGGUUGAUAUGUCUGAGGAUUUCAACCGCUUGGAGCUCAUAUAUCGGGGAAGCUUUUGGCAUGAUCAGUCAAUGGACAUGGAUAUAUUAUUGUUGCAAUUUUGUGCUGUUGCUCGAGAAAAUAUGGAGCGUGCAGUAUUUACGAGAAUGGCAGAGCGCUUUGAGCUGAAAGAUCUAGUGUCUUCUCCUAUUCUAGUGCAUGGAAACCUUGUAGGAGAUAAAGUUUCUUUAUUGCAGGAUUUUAUGCGGUUAAUACUGAUGAUUGUACGUGAGCGUCGUAACACGGGAAUGAAGGAGGAGGACUGUCUACGCUAUGACGUCAUACAGUGGCUUUGUGUAAGAGACCAGACAUAUUCCCAGCUCUGCCGUGCCCUCAGUGCAGUCCCAGUGGAUCAUUUCAAACUCACUGAAAUGUUAGACAAAGUAGCUUAUUUUCAUGCUCCAAAGGUUCAAGAGCGAGGGUAUUACCAGUUGAAGGCCGAGUACUGGCAGGAAUUUGAUCCGUUGUUUGUUCACUUUUACUCAAAUGAACUGGAAGACGCUCAGGAGAGAGCAAUAAAUGUCGGAAAACUCCCACACUACUGGCGGAUCAGAUCUUAUAGCGACUUUAAGCCGCCUUAUAAUCGUUUGAUCAAUCUUCUUCAUACAGAGGAAUGCCAUCAGCUUUUAUGGAAUGUAUUGAACUUCGUCAGUGCACUGGUCAUGAAAGAUUCCACAGCCACUGCCUGUGAAUCACUUGGAGUUACAGCCCUGCAAAUGAUGGGGCUCGCACUUCUAGAUCGGAGGGAAAACCCAGAAAGAUUUCCUGCAAUCGCAAAGGCGGGGACUUCAAAUCCCUUGUCUUGCAGCGACAUCUUACAUAGUAUUCAUCGUAGUUUUCAAUUUGAUGAACAUACAAGAACUAUGGAUUGGGGAAUAAGUCAACCUACAUCUCCGAGUAUUUUCGAUUUUCUUCUCAAACUGCAAGUUGUGGAAAAUGCUCCUCGGUUGGUUGAUUCUGUUAACUACAUUAUGCAACUCCUGCCGGCAUCUUCAUUUAACUUCAUAUCUGGAGCUUCAAAAUAUAGAGACUUUAACCUUUCGUCCAAAUCUCAUGCUCGAGUGUAUACUACAGAAGAAAAUGAACGUAUCCAGAAAAAAGAGCGUCAGGAGGCUAUUAUGGCUCAAUUUAAAGCCAAGCAGAAAGCAUUCUGGGAGGAAUUCGAAGUUAGUGAUGAUGAAGGAGAAACUGGUAGUGCUACCUUUGCAACCAAUAAUUUAGAAGCGAGGAGCAGUGUCCAGGAUUUAACAGUCGUCCCGAGCGUUGGUGCUGGAAGUGAAAAAAAAUUGGUAGAACCAAUCGAAGUGCAUGAAUGUGCUUUCUGUCGGAGUGAGUGUGGUAGCAAUGACAAAUCAACAGGUUGGAUUGCUCUAGUUCAACGUUACAAUAUUCCAAAGCUUGUCAUAGGGAAGAGGCAGGGGGUGUACAGCAAAGAACAUGCCAAUAACAUAGUGAAGUUGAGUAAUGUGACUCCUAGCGGUGGAUCACCCAGUGAUGCCAGCGCAAAGCAGUUGGUAGUUUGCAUGGAAGAAAACAUGAUUGAUCAUAUACCUACAGAGCAUGUUCGUUGCUGUGGUCAUCAGAUGCAUCAUGAGUGUUUUCAAAGUUACCAUGCUUCUCUUUUCAAAAGAGAUUAUGGAGAGGCAAUCUAUGAAGGUAAAAGCAUUAUUGAACUUUGCAAGUCAGAGUUUCUCUGCCCAAUAUGCCGUCGACUAGCAAAUGUGCUACUGCCUGUUGUGUAUCAAGGAAGUUUGUCGAAAAUGAUGCAAGCUAGUCUGGAUGAUGAUUUGGAUAACCGACCGGAUCACUGGAUGGAGUUUUGGAACACGUGCAAAACCCUGCCCGAGGCAUUGGACCAGUUUGCUUUUCAAAGUUUGAAUGUGAGGAGCAAUUUUUCGAAAGUAGAGGAAGCAUCAGAUUUACCGAAAUGCCCCGUAUAUUGGGAAGUUUUUGCUUCGAAUAUUGCUCAUUGUGAAGUAGAGACAAGGGAGGAGCUUGUUGACGUUGCGUCAUCGUCCACAGCCUUGAAUCCGGCAAGCGAUCAGCGCACCUGGGGCGGGGAUUCAGGACAUUGGAUUGCCAUUCGGGAGCUGGGGAAAUUAGCGAUGGUCUACAAUACUCUCCAUAGACAGAAAGAGGUGGUCUCCAAGGGGGAGAAGCUCAAGCAAAUGCUCUUACAAAUCUCACGGUUUCUACCUAAUAGGGAACCUUUAAUCCACAAUGAAGAUUUUAGGAGCCUUUUCACGUCUGUAUAUGAUGUACUUAAUAGACUUCAGAGAAUAACAGAGGAAAUUUUUCAAUCGGAAGAACCAGACUGCGAGAUAUUGAAUGAGAGGCUCGGCCCUGCGAUUGAGACAGCAACAUCUUUGUACAAACCAAUUUCAAGUGUAUAUAGUUCUCAAAUCUCAAACAGGAAUCUUGAUGGGCAUUAUGGAAGGCCCCCACUUUGGCCCCCAUCGGAGCCCCCAAUGCUGGAAAUGCAUCAAGCCAGGGGUAUGAGCGAAGGGUUUGCACCAGGGGAUGACGUUGACAUUAAGGUGAAAGAAACUUUCUCCUCACGGCAGGCGAACUCCCAUUACCCUUCUGAGUCAGAAAAUAGUAUUCUCACUCAAAUCGACAUGGAAUGGAGCUCUGCCUUUCAAAAAGGCAAUGUAUUCGAUACCGAUCCGUUUUGGCUUCUCAUCGGACUUCUGAGUGCAUUUCCAGUAUGGCCCAAUGUGGAAGAUAUUCUGCUGCUAGUUAAGUUUUCAUACACAGUGGCCUUGACUCAGGUUUUACGAGCGUGCUCCAAGUUACAGAACAAUGACGACCGCAAUGUGCUGACCCCGGAAAGCGGCUGGGAUGAUGUAGUUCAGUAUACGUGUUUGCCUUUCCUGCGGAGAGCAGCUUUGCUGAUGCAAAGUAUCACGGGUGAAGGCUGCAAGAAAGAUUAUAAUGGCCCAGGAAGAAAAGUGAUGGAUGCUUUGUACUUGCAACAGGAGUUGGGUCUUGCGAAUACCCACAAAAUCUUCAAUACAGUUGGGGGUGUUGCGGAGCCAUCUUUAAUACAACAGCUUCUUGAACACAAUCUUUUGAGCAAGGAGCACUCCCUGAUGGAAGUACCCAAAGUUGUACAUCUGGCACCUUUGCCGAUCGUUUACCAGGAGCUUUUGCUACGGAGUAUAAGUGAAAAGUGCAUCGGAUGCGACACUGUACCCAUGGAACCGGCACUUUGCCUUGUGUGCAAUGUUUUUUUCUGCUGUGGAACUGAAUGCUGUGUAAAACACGAUUUGGCAGAAUGCUCAUAUCAUGCGGAAAUUGAGGGUUCUGGGAUUGGGAUUUACUUGCUCAUGCGCUCAACUCAGUUAGUGCUCAUUCGUGGUGGUCGAGUCUGCAUGGCGCCCUCUCUCUACUUGGACCAGCAUGGAGAGGAUGCGUGUGGAGAGCGGCAAGACGAAUCGGAGUCGUCUGAUGGGCCAGAAGACACAUUUUUGAGGCGUAAUCAAUUGCUUCACCUUAGCAAACUUCGAUUGAAUGAGGUGAGACGCUUGUGGCUGACAGCAGGUUUUGACCACGACACGCAUAUUCUUCAUAUCUCUCAGAUCUCUGUUGGGACUCUCUGAGACACAUCACAAAAGGUUUCUUGACAUCGUUCCUUGGUUCAUUUGAGCCUUCAUCGAUACGUUGAGUUUGCAGCACAGUAGUAGUAGCAAAGCAGCAGUGUAACAAUAGAGUAUCAGUUGGAGUUGGCGGCUUUGAUUGCUUCGACUGCCAUGGGCUUAUGCUACCAUCCUGUUGGUUCGUCCUUAUAGUUCCCAGUCCUAGUUCAUGAAAAGGACUAGAUAUUUUCCAUAAAAAAAUCAUUGUUUUGUAUGAGGACCUGUCAUUGAUUUAGUCAUGUUAAUAGUGGAAACUCGUGCCGUAAAAGAAAUAGUUGUAGUCAGUCUUGUUCUGGAGACAUCCCUUGUGAACUGAAGUUGAUCUUUUGUAGUGGUACUUUGAUGAUUUGGAACCAUCUCAUCUGAACUUAAGUUAGUAUUCUAGUUUGAUAGUCUCACUAUUUGAAACUAUUUGGAAACUUUUUAAGUGAACUCAAAUUAAUAUCAGUCUUAUAAAGUGAAAGUAUCAAUUUUUGUCAA